AUGUCAUUGGUUGCAAUUUUUGUCUUGCUGCUUAUUGCGGCUUUCGCGUAUUUUAACUUUGCCAAGCUUCGACGCGAAGCUGACAAGGUCAAGUCAAGGAGUGUCACACCAUCCACCGUUGUAACGCAAGAGAUUGCACCACAAGAAUCCGCAGAAUCAGAACCAUCAGCACCGCCUGCUGAAACAUCACUUCCACCACCGCUACCGUCUGCACCGCCAAAAUCUGAACCGUCCUCGCCAAAACCUGAACCGCCUCUGCCAAAACCUGAACCGCCCCCGCCACCAAUUCCAUCGCUACCAGCCGAACCGCCACCAAUUCCAUCACUACCAGCCGAAUCGCCACCAAUUCCAUCACUACCAGCCGAACCGCCACCGUCCGCAUUUCCAGCACCCAAAUUGCCACCGCCACCGCCCUCAUCGCCAGCACCCGAACCGCCACCGCCACCACCAUCGUCCUCAUCGCCAGCACCCGAAAAAUCUGCUCCCGCCGAAUCUUCCUCGGGUGUUUUGUCGCUACCAUCUUCAUCUUCUACUCCGGGAUCUGCAGGGUCUGAAUUACCAAAAAUAUCAGGCCAAUCCUCUCAACCAGAAAGUCCGAUUUUGUCGCCGACAAGUGAUGUGCAUACUGCAAAAAUUCUGGCCACGCCAAUUGAUGCACGUACUGCAGUGGAAUUAGUAUUACCCAAUCCAGCUGUAUCAGCAAGCAAUUCACAGAGUGGAGCGAUAACAACAGGUGGGACAAUUCAAUCAGAUUCCAGCACUCCAUCUACACAAUCCAAAGAUAAAGAUAAACCCAAGAAAAAGAAGAGAAGGAAAAGGUUGCUUUCUGAAAAGGCUAUAAUUCGAAUAGUUUUAUGUCCUUUGUUAAGAUUUGCGGCUGCUCAUAAAUAG